CGGCAGCCCGCCCGUUCGCCGGGCUCCGCCCCGGCUCUGCGCCGCCGCCGCCUCCAGCAGCCGCCGCCAUGAAGCUGACCGACAGCGUGCUGCGGAGCUUCCGCGUCGCCAAGGUGUUCCGCGAGAACUCGGACAAGAUUAACUGCUUCGACUUCAGUCCCAACGGCGAGACGGUCAUCUCGAGCAGCGACGACGACUCCAUCGUGCUCUAUGACUGCCAGGAGGGCAAACCAAAGAGAACCCUGUACAGUAAGAAAUAUGGCGUGGACCUCAUCAGAUACACUCAUGCAGCAAACACAGUCGUUUACAGCUCUAACAAAAUAGACGAUACUAUCCGUUACCUGUCCUUGCAUGACAACAAAUACAUCAGAUACUUUCCUGGACAUAACAAAAGGGUGGUGGCCUUGUCCAUGUCACCUGUGGAUGACACUUUCAUUUCUGGGUCUCUUGAUAAGACCAUUCGGCUCUGGGAUCUCCGGUCUCCUAACUGCCAGGGUCUCAUGCAUUUACAGGGCAAGCCAGUUUGUUCUUUUGAUCCAGAAGGAUUAAUUUUUGCUGCAGGUGUCAAUUCUGAAAUGGUCAAACUUUAUGAUCUUCGCUCUUUUGAUAAGGGGCCAUUUGCAACAUUUAAGAUGCAGUAUGAUCGGACUUGUGAGUGGACAGGACUUAAGUUCAGCAAUGAUGGCAAACUCAUCCUCAUCUCCACCAAUGGCAGCUUCAUCCGUCUGAUCGAUGCAUUCAAGGGAGUGGUGAUGCAUACGUUUGGGGGUUAUGCCAACAGCAAAGCCGUCACACUGGAGGCCUCGUUUACUCCAGACUCGCAGUUUAUUAUGAUUGGUUCAGAGGAUGGCAAGAUCCAUGUCUGGAAUGGAGAGAGUGGUAUAAAAGUAGCUGUGUUGGAUGGCAAACACACAGGCCCCAUUACCUGUUUGCAGUUCAACCCCAAGUUCAUGACCUUUGCCAGUGCUUGUUCCAACAUGGCCUUCUGGUUGCCCACCAUUGAUGACUGACCUGCACAGUGCUUGGCUGUUUUCUGUACAGCGAGGGUGGCCAGUAGGAAAAAACUCAGAGGGAACUAAGAUAAUUGUGAGAUUGGAUCAUUUGACUGGGCCGGAGAGCAUCCUUCCACAUGGCCUUCCCAAGGAUGUGCUGUACAUUUGCUCAAAAGAAAAAAGAUUACUUUGCCGAGCUUCGGACUCUUGGUGCGGCAGAUUCAAUCGGGACUCAGAUUUUCCAGCUGUCACUGCACCGAGCUCCUCCAGAGGAGUGACCAGACUCGUGACUAGGGUAUAGUGGGGCCCUCAAGACACCUUCAGUUUUGAAUGUAUCUGCUGCUGAGGAGUCGGUGAAGUUGUUAAUUCUGCACAUCCCUUUGCCCACCCCCAUAAAUGCGUGGGAAGCCACAGUUCUGGUUUUGAGAUGUUAGGGCAGCUCAGUGCCCCUUGCCCUCACCCUGCAUGUCUUGUUACUGGUUCUCCCUGUGUCAUUGUGGCAUUAUCCACAACCAUCAUGUUACUUAGGUGCCAAAUAUUUACAGAAAUAAGUCUCCAUAUAUCUUAGGGUCAGAAAGGGACAGAUACAGAAGGACCUUGCUUGCCAGGAAGCCUUGCGAGUUAGUCAUGUGAGGGUGGAUGAUCUGGGUGUGCCUCAGGCUCUUGCUGAGGGAGCAGGGGUAGCAGAUUAGUUCCUAGGGCUGGGAGGUUUAGCAGCAGCUUGGUGUGGUGCCCUGUCAUCAAAACAAACACAGUCCUUCUGGGUGCCUGCCAAGUUUGGUUGUAUACAGAAGCAAGGUGGGCGUCUAUUUUUGUACAUGAGAUACAUCAUACUUUUCUGUGGGCCAGUAUUGUGGAGUGAGUCUGAGUUGUUUACACUGAUGCCUUCCCUGCCCACCACAAGUUGUGUACAUAGGUCUCCAGAUGAUACCACCCCUUUCCCAGCUCCCAACCAGGAGCUGGCUCUAGGCUUGUGUUAUAUGUUAUAUUUAGCCUUUUUAUAUAUGACUUGGGAUUUCUG